AUGACCAUGUCCAGGUCCUCACGAUCUUCCGUCCUUGCCCUAGCUCUUGCCACGGGUUCUCUCGUCGCCGCCGGUCCCUGCGACAUCUACUCGUCCGGCGGCACCCCGUGUAUCGCAGCGCACAGUACCACGCGCGCCCUCUACAGCUCCUACAACGGCCCGCUGUAUCAGGUGCAGCGCGCCUCAGAUGGUACCACGACCACCAUCACCCCACUCUCUGCCGGCGGGGUCGCAGACGCCUCGGCGCAGGACGCCUUCUGCGAGAACACGACCUGCCUCAUCACCAUCAUCUACGACCAGUCAGGCAAUGGGAACGAUCUGACCCAAGCUCCGCCGGGUGGGUUUAACGGCCCCGACGUGGGCGGGUACGAUAACCUUGCGGGAGCUAUCGGAGCCCCUGUUACUCUGAACGGGAAGAAGGCGUAUGGAGUGUUCGUCUCACCGGGCACUGGGUACAGGAAUAACGAGGCCAUUGGGACAGCGACGGGUGAUGAGCCCGAGGGAAUGUACGCUGUUCUUGAUGGGACCCAUUAUAACGACGGGUGCUGCUUUGACUAUGGCAACGCGGAGACCAGCAGUCUCGAUACCGGCAACGGGCACAUGGAGGCUAUCUACUACGGCACCAACACAGCCUGGGGCUAUGGCGCAGGCAAUGGACCAUGGAUCAUGGCCGAUCUCGAGAAUGGACUGUUCUCCGGUCAGAGCUCUGACUACAACGCCGGUGACCCGAGCAUUUCCUACCGCUUCGUCACAGCGAUCCUUAAGGGCGGCCCGAACUUAUGGGCUCUUCGCGGUGGCAAUGCCGCAUCCGGCUCGCUGUCGACGUACUACAAUGGAAUUCGCCCAACCGAUGCUUCAGGCUAUAACCCCAUGAGCAAGGAGGGUGCGAUCAUCCUUGGAAUUGGCGGCGACAACAGCGUUAGCGCGCAGGGGACCUUCUACGAGGGCGCCAUGACGGACGGGUAUCCAGACGACGCAACGGAGAACUCUGUCCAGGCUGAUAUCGUUGCGGCCAAAUAUGCUACUACUUCACUCAUCAGCGGGCCGGCGUUGACCGUCGGUGACACGGUCUCAUUGAAGGUUACCACGUCCGGCUAUGAUACGCGGUACAUCGCCCACACCGGCAGCACCAUUAACACUCAGGUCGUCUCCUCCUCUAGCUCGAGUACCCUGAAGCAGCAGGCUAGCUGGACCGUCCGCACCGGGCUGGCCAGUACUGCGGCCGCGAAUGGGUGCGUUAGCUUCGAGUCCGUCGACACCCCCGGCAGCUAUAUUCGACACUCGAAUUUUGCGCUUUUGCUUAAUGCAAACGACGGGACCAAGCUGUUCUCUGAGGACGCUACCUUUUGUCCCCAGGACAGUUUCAAUGACGACGGGACCAACUCGAUCCGGUCCUGGAACUACCCGACCCGCUAUUGGAGGCACUAUGAGAACGUGCUCUAUGUGGCGAGCAAUGGGGGAGUCAAUACUUUCGAUGCCGCCACUGCCUUCACUGACGAUGUCAGUUGGGUCGUUGCUGACGGCUUUGCCUAG